GAGGCCGGGGACUCGCGUCUGCGCGGAGCUAGCGGGCCGCGCGCGGGAACCCGCGGAGGCGCCGACCGGACCAGGCGGGUCCCGGGAGGAAGGGGUUCGUUGGAGGCGGCUCUUCCUGCGCCGCCUCGGGCGAGCAGCGGAGGAGCGCGGAGCCUCGGCGGACCCGGCCCAAAAGUCCGUUGUGCCGCGGCCCGCGUGACCGGAGCCGCCCACGCCGGCCUGCGCCGACCCGGCUCGUUUCGCCCACGCCUACCCGGCUGACUGAGGCCCACGCUGUCCGGCGCUGACUAGGGCUGCCACCCCGCUGUCACUCCCGCGCAGACGCCCGGGCGGGCAGCUGGGUGAGCUGCGUUUGCAAGGCGGAGGCCCGAGGUGCUGGGGAAUCGAGUGGACGCCGGUUGAUGGGGAGUCCAGCGAGGGAGACAGGCCCGCAGGGGGAAAUGACAAAUUGGCUGUCCCGGAACCUUGAGCCCCAGACUGGACCCCAGAAGGGCAGGAGCCAGUGAGAGGACCGCGUCGUCCCGGCAACAAGUUCUUGUAGUGACAGAUCAGGGGUGUGACCUCCGUCCACACUUAUGCACAGCUGGGGAUGGUCCCGUUUAAAGUGAGCGAACUGAGGCCUAGUCAGACCAGGCGUCAGCAACAGUGUGCACCUAGAAUCAUCUCUCCACCAUGUGUAGUCGUUCUGCCACCAACAGAGGAGGAGGAGUAUUCAUUUGUCCGGCAGGAUGGACAAUGGCAUUCACACAGGGUCUCUUCCACCUUGCCGCCCCACAGCCCAGCUCCCCCAGGUACAGGAAGCACCUGGGUGGAGGCCUUCCUCAGCGGGGCCAGAGAUGGCGUCCGUGGACUUCAAGACCUAUGUGGACCAGGCCUGCCGCGCCGCUGAGGAGUUCGUGAACGUGUACUACACCACCAUGGACAAGAGGCGGCGGCUGCUGUCCCGCCUGUACAUGGGCACGGCCACCUUGGUGUGGAACGGCAACGCCGUUUCGGGACAAGAGUCCUUGAGUGAGUUUUUUGAGAUGCUGCCUUCUAGUGAGUUCCAAAUCAACGUGGUAGACUGCCAGCCUGUUCACGAUGAAGCCACCCCGAGCCAGACCACGGUCCUCGUGGUGAUCUGUGGGACGGUGAAGUUUGAGGGCAACAAACAGCGGGACUUCAACCAGAACUUCAUCCUGACAGCCCAGGCCUCGCCCAGCAACACAGUGUGGAAGAUUGCCAGCGACUGCUUCCGCUUCCAGGACUGGGCCUGCUAGUGGCAUGGGGAGACACCCCCAGACUGAACUCUGUGCUCCCUCGAGUCCCAGGGGCCCUUUUCGCGGCGUACACUUGUCAUAGCUGCCUUUUCAAAGUAGUAAAAUUCUCUAUUUUUCUACUUGCCCAGUAGAGACCCUGUCUCUGGAAAUUCUGAUGAAUAAAAUGAUAAUAUGAAUGUU